AGUUUUGUUGAGAUGAUUUAGAUCCCUUCAAACUGCUCAGAGCAGGUGGAGUUUUAUUUUGGAGGAGGUGUCUGCUUUCUUGUCUAUUUUGACAGUUUUCAGCAUCGGUGCUCAACUUAACAAGACAGCAGACAUCUCCAGUUAACAAAAACAAUAUACACACACACCGGGAAGUAUAUGUUUUUUUUAGUUUUUUUUUACGCGUUGUUAGCUUAUCUCUUGUUGCACAAAGUCAGAAACUUUUAUUUUGAAAGAAAAAAUUACGCGUUUCCGUUGUUCGUGUGGCUACCUUGCCUCGGUGCAACCGUCGCUAGCUAAACAAACAUGGCUGUGCUACAUUAUCAGACAACACAGCUCAACGAUACGUAGGCAGACGCGACCUGCGACGGUCGAUAAGAAACAUGCCACACGAAGAAACUGUAGCUGGAGAGUCGGCGCGUUGCGUUGCUGGUUAGCUCAGUGUAGCAUUCCCGUGACCGUGUUUACACACUCAGCUAGGUUAGCUACCAAGCGGGCUAAUGCAAGCUAGCAAAAAUGGACCUUGGAACAAUGUUGUACAACAAUUUAAAAGAGGUUACGUGGAGCACGACGUCGUUGCCACUGGAUCAACUUGUCAGUGCAUACAGGCUGCCUCAGAUUGUCAAGCUGGAUAACGGUCAGCUGACAGAAGGGCUCAGAGACAAUGACUACCUCUUGGUUCAUUCCUGCCGUCAGUGGACAACUAUCACUGCUCACAGUCUCGAGGAGGGACACUACGUCAUUGGGCCAAAAAUAGAGAUCCCAGUACACUAUGAAGGCCAGUUUAAACUACUGGAGCAGGACAGAGAUGUCAAGGAGCCUGUGCAGUACUUCAACAGCGUGGAGGAGGUGGCCAAAGCAUUCCCUGAAAGAGUAUACGUCAUGGAGGAAAUCACUUUCAAUGUUAAGAUGGCUUCCGGGGAAUGCAACGAAGACACUGAAGUUUACAACAUUACACUAAGCACUGGUGAUGAACUGACAUUAAUGGGGCAAGCUGAGAUCCUCUACGCCAAGACGUCUAAAGAAAAAUCCAGAUUCAACACCAUCUUUAAGAAGAUUGGAAAGCUGAACUCCAUCAGCAAGAUCGGCCGAGGCAAGAUGCCUUGCUUGAUCUGUAUGAACCAUCGCACAAACGAGAGCAUUAGCCUGCCUUUCCAGUGCAAAGGCAGGUUCAGCACUUGUAGUCCCCUGGAGCUUCAGAUGCAGGACGGCGAGCACACCAUCAGGAACAUUGUGGAGAAAACGCGUCUCCCAGUCAAUGUCACGGUACCCAGCAGUCCACCCCGCAACCAGUAUGACCUCCACCUCAUCCGCGAGGGUCAUCGCUACAAAUUGGUCAACAUCCAGACAAAAACUGUUGUUGUGUGCUGCAUUCUGCGAAGUAACAAAAUAAUCCCCAUCCACUUUCCCUUUCACAUGGCCAUGCCUAGAUUUAUUAUUCCAGAGGAGCUCCUGCAAGGAGAGUUGUGGCUAGACACAAUGGUGCAUCGCUGGUUUUCCUACAGCCAGGAACAGUUCGACAUAGACGACUACUCUCGCGCCGUCCGAGAUGUGCGGACAGACUGGAAUGAUGAAUGUAAGAGCCCUAAGAAAGGCAGCGGGAACGGAAGUUGCAGUGGAAGCAGCGGCAGCUCCAAUGGGUGUCCCAGCCAAAUGCAGAUUCCCAGCUCUUUAACUUACGCCCGGGAUGAACUCACCCAGUCCUUCCACCGACUCUCUGUGUGUGUGUACGGCAGCAACCUGCACGGAAACAGUGAGGUCAACCUGCAGGGCUGUAUGACACUAUGUGGGGAUUGGGCUCUUCUGCCCUCCGAUUGCAUUCCUACAGACUCAGUAGAAAAUGAGCAUUUCUUCCCUGAGUUGCUGGAAAGCACAAGCCAACAACUGUCCUUCAACAAGUCAGAUGUUCCAUAUGAGGAGCUGUGGUUGGAUCACCUGAGAGGUCAGAUCCCCAAAUCCUCCUUAAGCGAGGGAAUCCAAAGCAUCAGCAACGGCUGUGGGACAACAGCAGCCAUGUCAUUCCCGGUCACUUGUCCUCUUGGAGCGACACCCAGUUCGGAUGUCUCUCUUACUCCACCACCGGUCCCACCCAAGUCUGAAGCUGUGAAGGAAGAGUGUCGUCUUCUGAAUGCCCCACCGAUCCCUCCGCGAAGUCUGAAGCAGAUGCCGUCGGUGCCCAUCCUGUCGAAGCCACGGCAGCAAGAGACCCGGUCUCCGAGUCCAACCCUCUCCUAUUAUUCAUCUGGUCUCCACAACAUAAGUGGAGCAAGUGAACAAGAAGCAGCCGACCCACAAGAGCAAAGCCACGUGUGCUACCCCUGCCACUGGGGUAAAUCCAACAGCACUGACCAAGACGACACUUUGCCUGGUGGUAGCCUGCCUCUGGAUGGGAUGUCCUCCAGGCUGUCUUGGCCAAAUAACUUCAGUGGAGCAGAAUCGCACAGUCUGGAGGAAUUUCUACCGUCCAGCUGUCGGAGUUACUAUAGUUACCCCAGAAAGAGCACCACAAAGACCUGUACAUCAAGCCUUGUUGACUUCGACGGCCGAGAGCACGCUCACAUCACGAAGGACUUCAGGUUGCAAAAGGCUUCUCUGAAUCAGGUCUGCACAAAAUCCUCAAGUUACAAUUCAGAAGUGUACAGAGACAAGCCUAUAGAAGAAUCUAAUACAAAGCAGAGCCUCUCUUGUCCCAUCUUACCCCCGAGAACGCCAAAAUCAAACGCCUUGAUCAAUUUACUGUCAGUGGCAGUCUGUGACAUUGAGCCGGAAACUUCAGAUUGUUCACCUGUCCAACACGAGUCGAGCACCAAAGAGAUUAAUUCCGUCUAUAACUCGGUAACUCCCAACUGUCCGUCCUCGUCUCCCACUGCACAGUGGCAGCCUCCAUCCAGCCUGGCUGGACUCUCCAUCGAAGAGGUGUCCAAAUCGCUGAGAUUCAUCGGCCUGCCAGAUGACAUUGCUUCUCUUUUUGUGUCGGAGAAGAUCGACGGGAAUUUACUCCUGCAGCUCACUGAGGAGAUUCUGUCUGAGGACUUCAAACUCAGCAAACUGCAGGUGAAAAAACUCAUGCAGUUUAUAAACGGAUGGAGACCCAAGAUAUAACUCGCAGUAAGUGACACUAAAGCCUGCUGCAAAGCAGAGAAAGUCAUGCCUUCAGUAUAUAUGCUAUGCACACCAAGCCACAAAGAAUUUCUUUUGUAUAAUUUGAAUUUAUUUUUUGGUUACUAGAUCGCGGGAAAGAUUGUUGGGUUCUUGCCAGCCCACUUAAAAGUCUGUGACUGCUAUUUACUAACUGUAGUUAGUAGUUUCAUGAAGUCAUGUGGCACUUUCAUGAACAGCCUACUAGUAUUCAUAACAUUACGUAAAAAAACACUGAUGAGAGAAGGACAGGAAAACAUAACUAAGAACCUGCUUGAGGAGGAGAUGUAUGAUUCUAUUCUUAAAGGGGAAUGUCACCGAAUUCCUGCCAUUUUAAGGAUUUUUAAAAGAACACAAACCAGAGAAUGGGCUGUUGUGUAAAAUUAUGUAAUGGUAUUUACUUUCAAAAAAUUGUACUGAUAGCAAGUACAUGUCAAGAAAGUAAUUAUAUAGCAACAGAUAGGAGCAUUUGAUGUAUGCAGUGGUUUUAGUUUUAUUGUAUGGGAUUCAUACCCACAUGGUUUUCACAACGUGAAAGAGACAUUUCUACACAAGUCUAUCAACCACAAGCAUACAUUAAAAUAUACUUGUGUUCUUUUAAAAAAUCUGCCCCUUUAAGCCGGACUCACACAAAGUUUCAUCUGCAUCAGGAAACCUUUUGUUUUACUUUUUCAACGGUUGAGCCCAUGGUAUCUUACUGAUGUACACUUCCUUUGAUAAUGAACUGGAAAAUGAAAUGGGAUGGGGAAUGGAGCUUUAGUAAUCAAGGGUUUAUUUUCCUCUCUUAAGUGUUAAUUUCUGUAGAUAAAACAACAAAAACAGCUUCUAAUUGUAAACAGAGCCGUAGCUGUCUGUACAUCAGUCUGAUAUCAUUUAACAGAGUGUUGCUUCACUGCCCCUCUUUUAGAAAAUGAGUUGGGGCUUUGUGAUAAGAAAUUGCAUCUGUCUUCUUCUUCACCACAGAACCAUCAGUGAGCCAAAUGAAAUUAUCGUCAUGGUCAAUCUCAAGAGAUAUGGGUUUUUUUUCAGGUCUUCUGAUGCAAGGUCUUAUUUCUAUUUGAUGGCUUUUUAAAAAUAUUAACUUAAAUUCAACUACAUUACUACUUGCUUUAUCCUAAAAAGAAGCUCCACUAGAGGUAACCUGAGGUUAUGUUUUAACUGAAAAUGAAUUAUUGUCCUUACUCUUAAACUAACAUGGACAUUCUACAUCGAAUACAAACUAUGCAUCAUGCACUUUGGUAGAUUUCAGUCGAAUUAUUUGCAGUUAAGGUCAUUAGAUAUAAACCUAUAGAAUAAGAAUGUCUAUGUAGACAGUGAAAGCACUACAUACUUUUUCAUAACUAAAAUGGUACUUCUCCUUUGUUUUCAUUGUAUGUAUUACAAGUGUCCUCUAAUGUAACAAGUAAAAGCUUUUCUGCGCCUUAACCCCGAGACCUUAUAAUAUAUGUAAUAUUUAACUUUGGCCUAACAUUCUGUCCCUCGUGCUGAGAAUAUGCUCUAACAUCUCAACGAGAACUGAGGGAGUGUUGAUUGCAUUAUAACUCUCGGAGGCAUGUUAGCAAAUUUAACAAAAAAAAAAAAAAGGUUUAUAUUUGGUACUUUUUUUUUCUUCUAUAGCCUUGAUUCAGAGUCAAUUUAUUUAUGCAUUUAUUUAAUAUAACAAAAUAUGCAGAAAAAGUUAUUCGUUUUAUCAGUUUUGCAACCAUUUGUAUGGUUGAUGUAUGAAGGUGCCUGGGCAACAGUGGCAUCUAUAUUACCCACCUGAUCUAUUGGCCAACAGCUGUUUUUCUUUCCCCUUUCAUAUUUUGUUGUGGGGUGUUACAUAUUUUACUUGAUAUUUUAAUUAUGUAUGUAAAUGCAAAUUUAUUGUAUUUUUUUUAAAAGUGAUUACUAAUGUCGAAAAAUAUUUUUAUUGAGGAACUUGCUUAUGUUCAAAUAGCAGUUGUUUUGUUUUUUUAACUCUGAAAAAGUUGGGUUUAUAAAUCCAUGCAUUAAAAUAAAUCGGUCAUGAAGAAAAAAAAAAACUGCCAGCCUCAAUCACACUACACAGACAGUGACCAAAAGAUUAUGUUGAAAAGCCAUGUGUCCAGGUUAUUUUCCAGCUUUCUUUCACAGUAUCCAUAUAUUUUUUCAUGGGGAAUGGCAUGUGCCUCUUGACACUAUAAUUUUACAGUGGUUAAUGUCCUGUAUGCAAGAGCCGUGGCAAUCGAAAGAGACCAUGGGGCUGAACAACGAGGACAUGUCCUGUUAGAGUGACACAACGAGGCGGCGGAGUAUUUUUGUGUGUUGAAAUCGCCACAGUGUUAAUUUCAGUAGAAAAUCAUGCACGACAAAGCAAAUUUUCAGUAAUUUUACUUGAAUAAUUCUGAGAUAUGAACUGUGAACACACUACGAUCAGCAGUCGAGUCACAUUAACAGACACCACGAUCUUACAGUCGAUGCUGAAAGGUUAGUCCAUGUUGGUAAUAAUGCCCGUCAGCUCUGGACUGAGGCUUAGAUGAAUUAUUACCAAAUGUUGUGACUGUGACCCUGGAGUUUGAUCGCAUUUGGAAGAGUCUUUGUCACAAAUCUUGAGUCAUGAACAGUUUUCUUUCAACUUAACUCUUGUUUCCCUAUGUUUGAUUGUAUAAUCUAUUAAAAAUGGAUUAACUGA